UUCAAAAGAUAGGAGAAAAAACAAAUUAAUUAUGUCUAAAGCAAAGGAAAAAGUUCAAGAAGAUGUCAAACCAAUAAUAUAUGACUCCGUAAAUAAAACAAAUUAUCAAAGAGGAAGUUUCCUCGGCAAAGGCGGUUUUGCGAAAUGCUACGAGUUUAAAAAUUUAUCAACUGGUGAAGUCUUCGCUGGAAAAAUUGUGUCGAAAAGUAUGCUGAUAAAGCCUCAUCACAAAGAAAAAAUGUUUCAAGAAAUCAAUAUCCACCGUUCUCUAUCGCACAAGUACAUAGUAUCAUUGCAUAGUUAUUUUCAAGAUUCUAGUAAUGUUUAUAUCAUUUUGGAACUGUGUAGCAAGCGUUCUUUAAUGGAAAUGCAUAAACGACGAAAAACUUUCACCGUUCCAGAAGCUCGCUAUUUCAUGAGACAAAUUUUAUUAGCUUGCAAGUACAUGCAUGAUAACCAAGUAAUCCAUCGGGACUUAAAACUCGGAAAUUUGUUUCUAAAUGACAACAUGGAACUGAAGGUUGGUGAUUUUGGUUUAGCAACACGCAUUUCUUUUGAAGGGGAAAGGAAGAAAACCUUAUGUGGGACACCAAAUUACAUUGCACCUGAAAUCUUAACCAAAAAGGGACAUAGUUUUGAGGUUGAUAUCUGGUCCUUAGGCUGCAUAUUGUACACUCUGUUGGUUGGUUCCCCACCAUUUGAAACGAACACACUAAAGAAUACUUACUCAAAAAUAAAGAAAAAUGAUUAUUUCUUGCCUAUAUCUAUGGAUGCUGCUGCGAAAUCUCUAAUAAAGAAGCUACUUCAUCCAGAUCCUCUGUGCAGGCCUUCCUCUGAAGAAAUUCUGAUGCAUGACUUUCUGACUAAUGGAUACAUCCCUACUCGUUUGCCUACUUCAUGCUUGUGUAUGAAGCCUAGAAUAACUCAUAAUAUGUCUGUUUUUGAACUUACGAAAAAUGCCGAUAGAAAACCUUUGUUGGAAAGUGGCCAACUACCAAGUACAGAUGCCGCUCAAGAUAUUUUUGAAGAAAAUGGCAAAGACCCCGGUCCUACCAAGGCCUUGCUAUUAGAUGGCGCAGCUCCGAAAGAUUCCUAUUUAAGCGAGUUGUUAGCCAUGCUUGACAGCAUAUUGAAGUGCAAUCCAGAAGCACUGUAUACAGGUCAGCCAGAAGACGCUCAAGACCCUUCGGCUGUGCCAUUUGUCUGGAUCAGUAAAUGGGUUGAUUACUCGGACAAGUACGGUAUUGGUUAUCAGCUAUGUGAUAACAGCAUAGGGGUGUUUUAUAAUGAUUCUACUCAUAUAGUUCUUUUGGCUGACGGGAAGAAUUUGCAAUACAUUGACGCUGAUGCGGAACAGUUCUACACCAUGCCGGACUACCCUCCAGAACUGAAGAAAAAAAUGACCAUCUUGAAUUACUUCAAUACCUACAUGAAUGAAAAUUUAUUAAAAGCCGGAGAAAGUGCAAGGCCCAGAGAAGGAGAUGAAAUGAGCCAAGUGCCACAUUUACGGGCAUGGUUCAGAACCAAGACUGCUAUAGUCUUCCAUCUUUCAAACGGUACAUUCCAGGCAAACUUUUUCCAAGAUCAUACUAAAAUUAUUUUAUGUCCAAUUAUGAGUGCUGUUUCCUAUAUUGAUGAAGAGAAAAAUUUUAGCGUUUAUACUGUUCCUUUAAUUGAAAAAUACGGUUGUUUGCCUUCGUUAACUUUAAAGUUGAACUAUGCUAGAGGGAUGAUCGACAGAUUGCUCAAAAGUUAAAACCGUGAGGCUGUAGUGGAAUAAGUUUCUGUGAUGGAAUUUUUAUUUAUUUUAGCAAUUGUUUUGCAAUUGUAUUUUUAGGGUUUUAACUUUUUUUAAAUUUUAAAGUGACAUACAAAAGUGCAUUUCACCCUACUGUACACUGAAUUGCUACAAUUGUAUUUUUAGGAUUUUAAAUUUUGAAGUGCACUACAUGUUAUGAUUUCAACAAGUUCGUAUUGAUUUUAUCGACUAUUUUUAAAUUGUAUUUUUAGAAUUUAUUUUUUUUCAAUUUAAAAUUUCUUAAAAAUUCACAUGCAAAAGUUUUAUGUUAUU